CGAACAUGUAACGAUCUAUAAAUAGGUCGAGAUAAAUUUACCUGAUCUUCAAGUUUAUAUUGUGUAUACAUGUAAGACAUAUAUAGCGUUUAACUUUAUAGAUAUCGUUUAAGUACGUAUAGAAACACGAAAAGGAAACCUAGAAAACAGCAGAUCACUUAUUUUUAUUAGUAUGGCACAAGCAGAUCUAGUAAUUAGGAAUGGAAGAAUUAUUGAUCCUGCAAAUAACAUCGACUUUACCGGAAGCGUGGCAGUUUCGAACGGCACAAUACAAGCUGUAGGAACAGAUUUGAACAUUCAAGCUGUAAGGGAAUUUGAUGCCACGGGUUGCUUAAUAACACCUGGUCUAAUCGAUUGUCACGUGCAUUGCUACGAACAUGCAACACCUCUCGGGAUUAAUCCAGACGAAAGUUGUCUAUCCAGAGGAGUAACGACUGUUGUAGACGCCGGUAGUUCUGGAGAAUCGACCUUUCCUGGCUUGAGAAAAUUCAUUGCAGAAAAAAGUCACACAAGGGUGUUGUGCUUUCUUCACAUAGUUCAACACGGUUUAGCUUCUUCUGGAUGUGCCUCUGGAGCUCCAGGCGGAGAAAUCGACUCAUUAAAUCAAGUGAGUGUAGAAGCAUGCGUAAAGUGUAUUGAAUCUAACAGGGAUAUGAUAGUUGGUGUCAAAGUUCGACUUUCUGAAACAAUAGCCAAUGACGGAAAAAACGAAGAAGAAGCCUAUAGGAGAUCUCUUGAGGCAUCAAAACGAGCUGGAGUUCCACUGAUGGUUCAUCAUUCAUUAUCUACUGUACCUACACAGUCAGAUGGGAAGUCAUCGACGUUAUGUUGUCCAAAAGACAUGCGCACAGGCGUCUACUAUUUAUAUAUUAAAUUUUAUUAUAUUAAUUUAGGGAAGUCAUCGACGUUAUGUUCAACAUAG